CACGUCCCAUCACGACCGCGACUGACAAGAACGUAGUCUGCCAGCCCGCCCUGGUUCCGUGUCGCUCUCUCCCUCUUCUCCGUCUACAGCAGCAGUCAAGCAUGUUUGGCAAGACGUGCCUCCUGCCCCAGGCAGGCCUGCUGCUCGAGUCGCUCGCCGGGCUCGCCCAGCUGCAGUGCCCGCUGCUCGCGACCGGCCCCCAGAGCUGCCACGCGCCCAACCCGGACAGCCUCAACUCGUGCUGCUACAACACGCCUGGCGGCCAGCUGUUGCUCACCCAGUUCUGGGACACGGCGCCCUCGACGGGGCCCGCCGACUCGUGGACGCUGCACGGCCUCUGGCCCGACAACUGCGACGGCUCCUACGAGCAGUACUGCGCCCCCGAGCGCGAGUUCACAAACAUCACCGCCGUCCUCGCCCAGGGCGCCCCCUGCACCCUCAACUACAUGCAGACGUACUGGAAGGACUACCAGGGCAACGACGAGAGCUUCUGGGAGCACGAGUUCAACAAGCACGGCACCUGCAUCAGCACCCUCGACCCAAAGUGCUACCGCCGCCACCAGCCCGGCGACGAGGUCGUCGACUACUUUGUCCGCGCCGUCCAGCUCUUCAAGACGCUGCCCUCGUACGCCUGGCUCAAGCAGGCCGGCAUCGUCCCCUCAAACACCCAGACCUACACCCGCGCAGACAUCCAGGCCGCCCUCAAGAAGCACCACGGCCACGAUGUCAUCAUCAACUGCAACAAGAAGAAGGAACUCAAUGAGCUCUGGUACCACUACAACGCCUUUGGCUCCGUCGUCAACGGCCGCUUCGUCCCCGUAGACCCCGUUGGCAGCCCCUCCACCUGCCCAGAGACCGGCAUCAAGUACCUCCCCAAGUACGACACUUCAGUCCCUCCACCUUCGACCACCACCACCACCACGACUGCCAGCCCAACCACCACCGCCGCGCCCGCUCCCACCGGCACCGUCGCCCUCUCGGGCAAGGGCUACCUGUACGCAUCCACCGGCACCCCAGCCUCGGCUGCGGGUUUCCUCAUUAGCGGCGGCAAGUGGUACGCCACCGGCGGCACCCCGGCCACCUAUACGGCCACGCCCAACCCCGACGGCCUGACCUUCACGCUCAACUCGAGCAAGGGCAAUUGCGCAAUCCAGGACGCCGCCGACUCGAGCCUGCUUUGCAGCGCCGAUGUUGUCACGGGCAGCAGCUUCGGCUGGAACGGCCAGGCGCUGACGUACGGCGGCUCGCCGGCCUUCUUUGCCGACAGCGUGCCGCAGGGCCAGACGCAGGCCACGGUAUACGCGGUGGAGAAGGCCGUGGGGGUGACGUUUAGCUGGUCUCCGCGGUAGAUGGUCUGUGGGGGAUUAGAUGGCAGUAGCUAGAAAUGACGUUAUGAAUAAUCGCAUCGUGUUUUGUGCCUCAGUCAUCGUUGAGCUUUGUUGACGAAGUUUCGAGCAUGGUUAUGUGGCAUGUGCGUAGAGGAAUUCUUGGGUUUACGGUGGUUUUGGUCAGAAAAUCUGGAUAUCAGGCACGAACUAUACGGCAUGUGAACAAGCAGAGUCAAGGUACGCUAGGCAUACUGCUCCGAACGAUCUAUCACGCGUAACGCUGG